AUGCUCCCAACAUUCCUUACUGUCAUUUACUCCCCGCCCACCCCAAGCCAUGGCUGCCGUCACCCUCUUCCCCCAAACCUCCUCUCAGGCGGGCCUUCACUCAACUUUACCCUGAACUCGCCCCGCGGAGGCGGCGAUCGAAGGUACCUUCUGCACCUGCCGAGCCAUUUUUCUGCUUCGAAUAAGAGGCCGGUUCCCAUGGUGAUUGUAAUACAUGCGUUUGGGCAGACGACGGCGUCGGUGGAGGAGAUGACGGGGUUUUCGGAGGAGGGGGAGGGGGAGGGGGAGACGGAUGUCGGGGUUGUUGUUGUGUAUCCGGAGGGGGUGAAUAACGUCUGGCUCGGCGACCCCGGCGCCCACAACCUCACCACCCUCGACGACCGCCCCUUCAUCUCCGACCUCCUCACCCACCUAACCUCCACCCUCUGCCUCGACACCUCCUGCAUCUACGCCACCGGCUUCUCCAACGGUGGCGGUCUCGCCGCCCUCCUGGCUUGCUACCCGCCUACCGCGUCCCGCAUCGCUGCCUUUGCGGGAGUGUCUGCUGCGUAUUAUACCAAGCAGUCGUUGGGGUACAGCUUAUUUGAGCCCGAAGCAUGUGACACCGGGGGCAGGAAGACGAUGCCAUUCCUAGACGUGCAUGGAGAGAAGGACAUGGUGAUUGCGUAUGACGGGGACAAUUCCAACUUCGACGUCGAUGGGAAUGGAGUCCCGGACCCGGAUACGCUGCCUAUCAAUUCUUGGUUGAAUGAUUGGGGGACGGUGGUGUUGAGGGAUGGGGGUGAUGGGAUUGUGAGGGGUAGUUGGACGUGUCGGGGGUGGGAGGAUGUGGUUGUGGGGUAUAGGGUUAGGGGGCUGGGGCAUGGGUGGCCCAGUACGGUGAAGCUGGAUGAGGUGUGGGAGGGGUUUAGGUUGGGGCCGCAGGGGUGGAAUGCGUCGAGGGUGCUGAUGAAGUGGUUUUGGAGGUGGAGUUUGGGGAGCUUGACGAGUGAGGGGCCGUGA